CAAACAUACCUCAGCAUUUGUGUACUCGUGCAGACACUUCGCAGCAAGAGCCAGAAUGGGAAACUCACAAGGCACCACUGUGGAUGACAUACAGGCAGUGGAGCUUCACCACUGGUACAAGAAGUUCAUGGUUGAAUGCCCAUCCGGACAGCUGACCCUGCACGAGUUCAAACAAUUCUUUGGCCUUAAGGGAUUGAACCAAGAAGCUAAUGCCUACAUUGAACAGAUGUUUAAGACUUUUGAUAUGAAUAAGGAUGGGUAUAUUGACUUCAUGGAGUAUGUGGCUGCCCUUAGCUUAGUCCUCCGAGGUAAAAUGGAGCAGAAAUUGCGCUGGUAUUUCAAGCUGUAUGAUGUGGAUGGCAAUGGCUGUAUUGACAGACACGAACUGCUUAACAUCAUUAAGGCUAUCCGUGCCAUUAACGGUUGUGAACAGGACAUGUCGGCAGAAGAGUUCACAAACCGUGUCUUUGACAAUAUUGAUAUUAAUGGAGAUGGGGAACUUUCACUUGAAGAGUUUGUUGAAGGAGCCAAGAAAGACAAAGAGUUUUGUGAUGUGAUGAUGAAUAGUCUAGACCUCACUCAUAUUGUUACAAUGAUUCAUAAUCGAAGACACAGUGUGUAAAAGGGAGGAAAUGGACAGAAUUUCAGACGAACAUUAAUUAAAACCCAGAAACUAUUUUUCCUUGUGUACAGAUAACACACACACACACACACACACACACACAUACACACACAUACACACACACACACAUACACAGAGUCUCACAGAAUCAUACUUGAACUUUGCUAUUAAACAUAAUUGGGCUUGGAAUAAAAACUACUUAUUCCAGCAUGGCUAAGAUGAUUAUUCUUCAGUAAUGGAAACCAUUCUGUUAAUCUACUGCAAAGCUUCAAUCUGAAAGGAAGAACCUGAGUACAGCUUACAAUGUGAGACAAGUAUUGUGGGAAUAGCUUCACAGGAAGCCCUGGCUUGGAGCCAUAGCUCUGCUGGCUGACAAUUAGAAACAGUGACUCCAUCUUUGACCAUCUGUAACAAGAUGGAAUGACAGAUUAUUGUAGAACUGGAGCUCAGUCAGAGCUAUUGAAAAAUUCUAAUGAUCUUGGAAUAGAUGGAUAUAUAUUAUAUGUGAAUAAUGCUUCAACUCAAUACUGUCCUGCAUGAAUGACCUCUGAUUUUGUAAAACUGCUUUCCCCUUAAUUCCUAACAUGACUAUACAGUAGUACCUACCCUAAAAAUACCUUACCCCAAUUUAAAGAGUGAAGGAAAGACCCAUUUAUCAGUAUGUCACUUUAUUUCUGUAAAGCAAAGGACUUAAUGUGCAGAAUUGAUUAUGUCUUAAGAAAAUACUUCAUGUGAUUAAAAUAUUUUUCUUAAUUCUGA